GUGUUAGGCUGGUGCACCAGUGAAAUGAAAUCUUUGGAGGGGCUAAGCAUGCCCAUUCGCUUCAUCUCAACACCUUGGAUUCUGUCCAUAAUAAAUUUCCUUUUGUCCCACUGCAGUUCUAGGUUGCUGGCUGCAUAUCAAUAUGAUAUUUCAGUAUUUCAGGCUUCACCAAACUUCCUAUGUCUUGUUCUCCUCCAUCCUGGACCAAUCUGCAGGAGAUUUCUUUCUCUUGUAACGAGGAUGGUGGAUGGCACCUGAAAAGUUAUGUAUGGCCGCAGGACGCCGGCCGUAGGUACGACAGGUGAAACCAGAACGACCAGGUCUCUCGUUUCAAGUGUGGUUUCUUUUCUUAUGAUCAUCGUUGCUAUUGAAGAAUCAGAAGGUGUUCCUCUAUUUUUUGUUUUAAUGGGAUCUAAUGCAAAAGCAGAUCUACGAAGGAGGCUCUGUGACCUUCUCGAAGAACAGCAAGAGCCAUUUAUGCUCGACAUAUAUCUCCUUGAACAUGGGUACUCGCUGAAAAGAUGGGACUUUGAUAAGGUUGACAGCAGGUGUUGGUCUUUGCAGAAAGCAGCUGGGAAGGCACACCUGAAGAAGAGGAGGAGUUCUCAGUCCGCCAUUGUGCCAAGGAUCUUCAAGUUCCUAGUGGGUAAGCUCGUAUUUCCUGGUAGGGCUCAUGGGGCGGGGAGUUUGGAUAGCCGAGACAAUCACGCAGUCAGGCAAUUCGAUGGUUCUUCAUCUUCUGGAACCAGCACACUGAGCGAUCAGUUUUUCAGCAGUGAAGCAGAGGAGUCAUUGUCUGCUAAGGAUUCUUCCGUCUCAUCAUCUUCAGAGUCUACGAAACCGCUUCAACUGUCCGAUGUCAAAGAUGAGGUUGCCGGAGAAAGUAAGCAACUUAGCCCUGUUUCGGUGUUGGAAACAUCAACAAGUGAACCUUCUUCACCAAGUCGCUAUGGCAAGCGAGACCAACCAAAUGUGAACAGAACCAACUACAAGCUGUUAAGCCGAGUUGCAGAGGAAUCUGUAUUUUUCUGGUCCAUGUGGGAGACUCUCAUAAACAUAAUCGAAGAGAAGCAUGGAUUUGGCGAAUCAGAACUGCAACAUAUUUUUCUUGGUCAGGUUUCAUCUUCCCAAUCGGCGAACACCGAGCUAGUACUGCUGCACCAAAGAAGGCAGCUUCUCUUUGAUUACGUCAGGGAGGUGGUGGAGUGCAUCACGAUGAAAGGAAGAGCACUGAGCUCUUGGAGUGCUCUUCAGCCAUGCACGUUUCAACUGUACCCAGGUCCAGAACAGCUCGCAAAAGUCAUAUGCCGGCAGAUCUUCUCUUGGAGCAAAACUGCGGGCAACAGAAGGAACACAGGGAAAUUGGUGGAAGCGGACUUUUCAAGAGAAAGAAAUGAGUGGAUUCAUUUCAAAUCCGAAAUAUACGGCGUUGGGUCUCAGAUCGAGGCAGCAAUUUUGCGCGAGAUCAUCGAUGAGAUUGCUUCAGAUUUGAUUGGAAUCAGCUCAUGAACUUACUCUUAAACCGUAUUGCUGACUAUCUAACCUGUUCCUUUUCUUUCUCUGUGGAAUUAAAUAUUACAUAAAAUAUGCUUAUGGGCGUUGUAAAUUUCCUCUCCGGAUGGAGGAUGGUAUAUCUGCCCUGCAUGGGAAUCUUAUCAGUCGAUACAAUAAAAACAUUCUCAGCCAUUUACGCCCAAGGAUGUACUUUUUGUAGAGCACAAAAGAACAAUAAGUGAAAAAAGAGUUGAAUGGCGAGCAGUGAAAUGGCUUGUCUUGUAA